AUGGAGGUGCCGCCGGUUUGGACAGCCGCCCGGGUCCAGGAGGAUUUCAUCAACUACUUCGAGUCCAAGUCGCAGUCGCAGUCGCACACGCCAUGGCCGUCGAGCCUCGAGGUGCCCGUCUACGACCCCGCGAUCUUGUUCGCCAACGCCGGGAUGAACCAGUUCAAGCCGGUAUUAAUCCUCGGCACCGCCUCCCCCGAUUCGCAGCUUGGCCGCCUGCGCCGCGCCUGCAACACCCAGAAGCGCAUCCGCGCCGAAGCACAACGACCUCGACGACAUGGGGAAGGAGGAGGCCGCCGUCGGGUAUGCAUGGGAGCGCCUAUCGGAUUCUUGCCUUCGCUCCCCCUUCUGAUGUUAGUUUGUACCACCCUACUGUACCUCUGCAUCAGGUUAUGGAUCGGUAAAGUUUAA